CUGUACCAACGAUAUUUCCUACACUUGAACAAACGGAGUACCUCGGCGCUCACCGCGAUGAUGGCGGUGAUCUGCUUGCUCGUUCUAGCCAUCGAGCUCGCGGUCUACCAACGUUUUUCCAUCUUGUUCAUAGUCAUUCUCAGCUGCCUGAGUGCCAUCUACCUUGUCAUUUGCUUUCUCAGCCUACAGUCAUUUUUCCGACAAACGCAGCUCGUGAUCAGCAACUACGUGAUUCUGGUCAGUUUCAUAGGCCUGGCCGCUGUACUUGCUGCGGAUUUGGGGUCUUCGUCGCCGUUAUUGUCGUCGGCAUUGUACUCUGGGCUGUGGCUUUGUAUGCUUCUUAUUUACAAAGCGUACACUCUCGUGCCAGUACGAUUGUUAACCUGUUCAUUGACUGGAGCAGCUAUACUCUUGUCUUACAUCGGCUGUGAAUACCUCACGUUCGAGAGAGCCACAACCUCCGACAAGGCGAAGAUGAUUUUCGAUAUGCUGAUGCUACUGGGAGCCAACGGAAUCGCAGCUUUCUCUCACUACCCGUCGAAGAAGUCGCAACGGCAAGCUUUCAUCGAAACCCGAGGCUGCAUAAAAGCCAGAUUGAAUAUUCAGCGCGAGAACCAGAAACAGGAACAACUACUUUUAUCGGUGUUGCCCCGACAUGUCGCGCUCGAGAUGAAGGCCGACUUUGUCAAUAAGCCACAGGACACAAUGUUCCACAAAAUCUACAUUCAAAGACACAACAAUGUCAGCAUUCUCUUCGCGGAUAUCUGCGGCUUCACUUCUUUGUCAUCUCAGUGCACCGCGGAGGAAGUUGUCAAAAUGCUGAAUGAGCUUUUCGCCCGAUUCGACAGACUCGCGGCUGAAAACCACUGUUUGAGGAUCAAGAUCCUAGGCGACUGUUACUAUUGCGUAUGCGGACUUCCAGACCCUAGACCUGAUCACGCGCACUGCUGCGUCGAGAUGGGACUCGAUAUGAUUGAAGCGAUAGGGCUUGUUCGGGAUGUGACAGGAGUUGAUGUGAACAUGCGGGUAGGGAUUCAUACGGGCAGAGUUCAUUGCGGAGUGCUGGGCCUUAGGAAGUGGCAGUUUGACGUGUGGUCGAACGAUGUCACUCUAGCUAACUACAUGGAAGCAGGCGGCAUACCAGGGCGAGUGCAUAUCACUAAGGAGACUCUGGAUUGUCUCGGUGAUGACUACGAAGUGGAGGACGGCGACGGCGGUUCAAGACACAAUUAUCUCCGGGACAACAACAUCCAAACGUUCCUGAUUGUGGCGAACGAUGCCAAACGACUCGCCCAAACCAGUGACUCUCAUCAGAGCGGACUCCAUUCUGUGUCGAAGGAGAUCCGGAUGAUGGGUAUGGCGAAUCAACAUAGAGGAGACAAAUUCCACAAUCGAUCGUGGAAGAAAAGCGGCUUCGAAAUGAAGAAGAACUCACACGAUGAGGUGAACGACUACUUGAGUCGAGCCAUCGAGGCGCAUAGCAUCGAACAACUGCGCACCGUACACUGCAACAAGGUCACUCUGGAAUUCCUCGACAGAACCCUAGAGAAGCGCUUCCUGAAACAGGUCGAGCCCAUGCUAGCCGUUUACCUGAUGUCGGCGCAGAUCUGUCUCGUGGUUAAUUUCGUUGCACAAGCCCUGCUCUUCGAUAUCCCGACAUGGAAAUCGGCCACAGUCUUUACUUGCAUUGCCUUGUUGAUGGUCAUGAUCACAGCCGCAUCGUUACAGUUGAUGAAGACUCAAUCGCCGAGCAACACCGUGGGGCAACCGAGUCAGUUCCUCAAUAAACUACUGAAAGCGACGCGGAGAAACGGACAAAUCGUUUGCGCCACCGCGUUUGUCAUACUCUAUAUUUGUAACAUCACGAUGGUGGCGAGCCCCCAGAUCAAUCAAGAAUUCGUAUACUGCCCCUUGGAAGUGAUAAUGGCCGACAACAGCUCGCUUCUGUCGGAAACCACGGGGAGCGUGUCCUUAGAAGAAUUCCAAGAGCAGGAUUCCGAGCUCUGCGUUCCAAUCUUCAGCAUCAACAUCCCGGAGAGACAGCUCCUCUGUGUACUCCUGCUGAUGUUGGCCUGUGCGUCCACAUUGGUGUUUUCGACGGUGCAAAAAAGUAUUUUUUUCAUUUCGAUUGUGGCCAUGUUCGUCGGCCUGUCGUUCUCGUUAUGGGAGCCCCAGUAUUGGCUCCUCAGUUCGAACGACUACGCGCCUAUCUUAGCCAAAUUUUGUGUCGUCCUCAUCCUUCUCGUCUACGGUAUUGUGCUCGUUGUGCACGGAUUCCAGAACGAGGCCUCUUCUCGCCUAGAUUUCCUAUGGAAACUCCAAGCGAUCCAGGAAAAAAACGAAAUGGCCGAUCUCCAAGCCUACAACCGAAAGUUGCUGUCCAACAUCCUGCCCGUUCACAUAGCGGAAUACUUUCUGUCCAGCGAACACUCGAAUGAGGAUCUCUAUCAUGAACAACUGGAUAACGUCGCGAUUAUGUUCGCCUCCAUUCCAAACUUCAGCGAGUUUUACGUGGAGCUCGAAGGUAACAACGAAGGAGUCGAGUGUCUCAGGCUGCUCAAUGAAAUCAUCGCCGACUUCGACGAGCUGUUAUCCGAAGAAAGAUUCUCAGGCAUUGAGAAAAUUAAAACGACUGGUUAUACGUACAUGGCAGCUGCUGGUCUGUUGCCGUCAAAAAAAGCUCUGAAGGAUCGAGCUCCAGAAGAGUUCGUCGUCGCCCUUGCCGAAUACGCGCUCGCCCUGCGGAAACAACUCCAGUAUGUCAACGAACAUUCGUUCAACAACUUCAAAAUUCGAAUCGGCAUUAACGUGGGACCUGUUGUGGCCGGCGUCAUCGGAGCGAAAAAACCUCAUUACGACAUCUGGGGUAACGCCGUGAACGUGGCAUCUCGCAUGGAUUCCACCGGCGAGCCGGACAAGAUUCAGGUAACUCAGGAUGUCUUCCGGCAGCUGGAACCUCUGGGCUAUCCGCUCGAAUGCAGAGGACCGAUCAAAGUGAAGGGCAAAGGCGAAAUGGUGACCUAUUUCCUGCUCGGAGGGAAGAACGACAGCGGGUCGGCAUCGAAUCGCAUUUUUCCGACAUUCAGGACGUCUUAG